AUGCCGCAGGAGGGUUGUCUCAUGUACUGCUGCUCAAACAGGGUGGAGUUCGCGGGGCAGAUGCCCCCCUUCGAUGAAUGGGGACUGCGCCCAGUCGGCCUUGUGGGGCCCCGUGAGAACCCCGUCACGGUGGUUCCCCUCCUUGCCGCCGUCGCCGAACUUGCCCCAAGAGUGGACGCAGGAGGGCAAGCACCGUUGGAGGCCAGAGGCGCGGGUGCCGAGGUGUCGACGCCGCCCGAGGCUCCCGAGGCGUCAUCCUCGGGAAGCCGUGACUCUCGCCCUUGGGUCGCGGUUGAGGGGGUAAUGCGAUCGAUUGCUCCUGGGGUCGAAGCUCCCGAGGCCUCGGCGGGCCAUCGCGGGGCGGAGGCUGACGGCUCUCCCCAUCUUGGCGCUCCUGAGGUCGUCUCCUCGAGCGCUUCACCAGCCGCGCCCUGCAUUGGCCGCCACGUCCAACACUUCGGCAGGCUCCGUGUGGACUUUGAAGCGCUGCGCAAGAGGAAGGGGUCCCCAAGCUGCAGCAGUGGCGCCUUCCGGCCGUUGAAGCAGAGGAAGAUCCCUUCUGCAAAGAUUGUGAAGCUUCCCGGGGAGCAACCUCCUCCUGCCUCGAAUCUCCCACUGGCCUUGAAUGUCCCAAGCCGGCAUGCCGCCCCCGGCACGAAGUCGUCCUUAGAGGCAGUGACAGGCCGAAGCACAGCACUGCUCUCUCUCUCCCACUCUUCGCCGACUGGGCCGGCCCAGCUCCAGCUAGGCCGCGGCCCAGCGCGCCCGCGCCCGUUCCCGACUCCGGCGGAGUCCGCCUCCGCCACGGAAUCGUCGCCGCCGCCCGUGCCCGUGCGGGACUCCCUCCGCUGCCUCUCCGUUGCCCCUCCUCCACGCCUCGGAGCCGCCCCGCCCUCCUAUAAAGACGGAGCCCCGGGCCCCGAUCUCUCUCUUUCUCCUCACAAGUCACCGCCGCACUCGCCGAGCCGCCGCCGCCGAGAUCCGCACCGCCGCCCGCUUGCGCAGCCAUCGCCCUCGACCACCGCCGACACCGCCAUCGCCUUCGCCUCGUCGAGCCGCGCCUCCCCGUGGUCUCGCCCGGGCUAG